AUGAUCCCAAGAACGAAAUUAGGAAUUAGACAGACGUCUGCAGCCAGGAGAGCGUUAUAUGGCGCAUCCAAGAGAACCUUUGCUCUCUCAAGCCGCUUGUGCACUCCUAAGCCAGAUCUCAGCCAUCGCGAUCAACUGUUGCACUUAUUGUCAAAUAUCAGCUCUAGACAGGAGAUUGAGCGCUAUUUGCGUGUUUUUAGCUCCACUACGAACAAAAACUUCGCAGUUAUCAAAGUUGGAGGCGCUAUAACCACAUCACCGGAUUUGAUUCACUCGCUUGCCGUUCUCCAUAAGCUUGGUCUCCACCCGAUCGUUCUUCACGGUGCUGGUCCACAGCUCAACCAGAAGUUGGAGGAUGCAGGUGUUAUCCCAGACUACAUCGAUGGUAUUAGAAUCACCGACGCAAAGACACUCCAAGUUGCUCGUGAGACUUUCUUGGAGGAGAACUUACGUAUGUGUGAUGAGUUGGAAAAGUUGGGCUCAAGAGCCCGCCCAAUUCCAGCAGGUGUAUUCACAGCCAGCUACCUUGAUAAAGACAAAUACGGCUUUGUUGGUAAAAUUGACAAGGUUAACAAGGAACCAAUUGAAGCGGCCAUCAAAGCAGGUUGCUUGCCUAUUUUGACUUCAAUCGCCGAGACUCCAGACGGUCAACUCUUGAACGUCAAUGCUGAUGUCGCAGCUGGUGAGCUCUCAAAGUCACUUGAACCGCUCAAGAUUGUAUACUUGAACGAAAAGGGUGGUCUUUUCCAUGGUGUUACCAACGAACUCAUCGAAACAAUCAACUUGGAUGAGGAAUACAGCGACCUCAUGAAAGAAGAAUGGGUUCGUUAUGGUACAAAGCUCAAAUUACGUGAAAUCAAGGAUCUUCUUGACCACCUUCCACGCUCAUCCUCAGUUGCAAUCAUUUCAGCUGAUCAACUCCAAAAGGAAUUGUUCACUGACUCAGGUGCAGGUACUUUGAUUAGAAGAGGUUACAAGCUUUUCAAGUCAUCAUCUAUUGAAGAGGUUGGUGUUGACAAGCUUCGUAAAGUCCUUGAAGAGCGUGAACCUGAAAUCAAGUCCGGUUUGAAGACUGCAUCUGAAUUCUUCUCCGAUUUGAAGCAACACCCAUACACGAUCUACGGUGAUGAACCACUCGACGUUGUUGCCAUCGUAUCUCACCCAGAAGGCGAAACACCAGUUUUGAGAGUCUUCUUACCAUCCACUAAUGGUGUAUUGAACAACGUAGUUGACAACAUCUGGUCACAAUUACGUAAGAACUACCGUAAAUUGUUCUGGGCUGCCCGUGCAGACGAUGAAUUACGUUCAUGGCACUUCGAGAAAGCUGAUGGUUCAUUCACACGUGCAGGCGGUUCAUUAUUCUGGUAUGGUGCUCAAUCAAUCUCUGAAGUUGAACAAACUGUAAAAGACUACGAAAAUAGAGGUCGUAUUGAAAGAUCAUUCUUACCUGUUGGUCCACCACCAGCUGGUCGUAGAACAUUCAUGACUUCUGCCAGACCAUCAGUUAGCAAAGCUGUCGCAAUGCAAAUUAGAGCAAGAAGAGGUUACGCAACUGAAGCACCAAAACCUAAGAAGGUUGCUCUCAUCGGUGCACGUGGAUACACUGGUCAAAACUUAGUAUCAUUGUUAAAUGCACACCCACACGUUGAGCUCGUCGCUGUUUCUUCACGUGAAUUGGCUGGUAAAUCCUUGCAAGGAUACGAUAAGGCAAACGUUCAAUAUGAAGCACUCGGUCCACAAGAAUGCGCAGAAAUGGAAAAGAGAGCAGACGUAGACGCUUUCAUCAUGGCCUUACCAAAUGGUGUUUGCAAGCCAUUCGUCGAUGCUAUCACCUCAGCAAGAGAUGAAAAGGAAGGCAAAGGUAGCGUUAUCGUUGAUUUAUCAGCUGAUAUGCGUUUUGAAAGCAAUUGGGUUUAUGGUUUACCUGAAUUAUACGGACGUGAGGAGAUUAAGCAAUCAACUCGUAUUUCAAACCCAGGUUGUUACGCUACCAACAGCCAGCUUUUACUCGCACCACUCCUUCCAUACCUCAAGCAAGGUAGCCAACCAACUGUCUUCGGUAUGAGUGGAUACUCAGGUGCUGGUACAAAGACAGGUGAGAAGGAUGCUAAUGGCAUUCCGGUUACAUUGCCAAAGAUCGAUGAUGUCGCACUUGGUGGUGCUUGCAAGCCAUACGCAUUAACUGACCACAUUCACGAACGUGAAGCUGGUUUCCACUUGUCUAGAUUGGGUGCUGGCGAAAUCAACAUCGCUUUCACUCCUGUCGUAGGACCUUGGUUCCAGGGUAUAGUUAGUGUCGCAUCCGUCCCGCUCGAAAGGGAUAUGAGAGCAUCGGAUGUGCGCAAAUUGUAUGAGGACAGAUACCAAAAUGAGAAACUCGUCAAGUUCGUUAAUGAAGUACCAACAAUUCCAGAUAUCUCAGGAAGACAUGGAUGGAUUGGUGGUGGUAUCCAAGUGCACUCAAAGGGAGAGAGAGUUGUCGUCGUUGGUGCACUUGACAAUCUCCUCAAAGGAGCUGCUACGCAGUGUAUGCAAAACUUAAACAUCGCAUUAGGAUUAGAUGAAUAUGCUUCAAUUCCAUUGUAA